AGCUGACAGCUGUCAUUAGUGUCAGUUGUGUAGAAGGUUGUUGCUUGUUGUUUCCAAAAAUAAUUUUGUUUGUACGUAAGAUUAAAAUGUGAAAAAAUCGCCUUAAUUGUAGAUAAAAUUUGUUUAAAUCUCUAAUCGGAGAAACGGAUUAUUCGUACGCAAUGGCCCCGAUACCUUUGGAAGGGCUCCAAACGCCCGUUUCUAAUACUGUGGCCCAAAACAACCUAGCGGGCCCCCAAGAGGGCAACAGAGGUGGCAUGAUGUCUUUAGCGCUCCUAAUAGAAUUUAUUGUGCAACGUACUUAUCACGAACUGACGGUUUUAGCGGAAUUAUUGCCUCGAAAAACCGAUAUGGAGAGAAAAAUUGAGAUAUACAAUUUCGCUACAAGAACGAGACAGUUAUUCGUCCGGCUUUUGGCGCUUACUAAAUGGGCUAAUAGCGCUUCAAAAGUGGAGAAAUCAGCUAGAAUCAUGAAUUUCUUGGACAAACAAUCGUUGCUUUUCGUCGAAACGGCGGAUAUGCUGGCCAGAAUGGCCAGAGAAACUUUGGUGCAGGCCAGAGUACCGAAUUUCCACAUACCCGCAGCUGUAGAAGUACUAACGACUGGAACGUAUGGCAGGCUACCUGCAUGCAUCAGAGAAAGAAUCGUCCCACCUGAUCCCAUAACACCUUCGGAGAAAAGGAAUACCCUUCUGAGGCUGAAUCAAGUUAUACAGCACAGAUUAGUUACAGGGAAUUUAUUGCCUCAAAUGAAAAAUUUAAAAAUUGAAAAUGGAAGAGUCAUUUUCCAUGUCCAGCAUGAAUUUGAAGUGUCUCUGACUGUAAUGGGAGACGGGCCUAACAUACCUUGGAGGCUUCUCGAAAUAGAAAUUUUAGUAGGAGACAAGGAAACUGGCGAUGGCAAAGCGUUGGUGCAUUCAUUGCAAGUACAAUACAUUCACCAGUUGAUUCAAACCCGUUUAGUGGACAAUCUGCAGCCUCUAACGGAAGUGUACAAUUGCCUCCAUUUUUUCUGCCAAUCCUUGCAAUUGGAAGUAUUAUACUCGCAAACUUUGAGAUUAAUGAGAGACCGUCUGGACGAUCAUAUUCAUGUUGACGAAUAUGCUCCCGGGAAAUGUCUAACGGUAUCAUAUUGGAGGGAAUUGACAAGUAAAGGAAAAGAGCUUGCGAACAGAGACCUCAGGUCUGAGUUGGGCUAUCGUCUAUCAGUUCAGGUCGAUCUUCACGAUCCGGCUAGACCAUUAGCUGUUGUACAUGUACCUUCUCUUGGAAACAAGGAAAGCGAAAUAGCAGAUAGGGCUAUUCGUUCCGAGGUUCUAUCGAUGGAAAGGCUCCUCGUAUAUACAAUCUACGUAAGAACCCGAAGCAGAUUGUCCGAUUUGAAACUGGAACUUCAAGGAAUGCUGAAAGAUGUCGAAUGUAAUCUUCAAGGAUCGCCUGCUAUAUUAUCCGUGGCAAUUUUGCAACCGUGCCUAAGAGCUGAGCAAUUGUUGAUUACAGUCGAUACGCAUACCGGCAUGCUCCAAUGCCACGUUCCUCAGUACGAUCCCAUACUCAUUCCCGAGCUGAAUAACGCUUUCAACGGAGACCAUUCCAAGUUGCCGUUUCUAAUCUCCGAACUCAGAUAUUGGAUAACGCAGAGACGGUGCGAGAAAACGCUGCAACACCUUCCCGCCACAGCCUACGAAAAACUACCUCUCUUGCACCAAAGCGACCAUCCCAUAACGAAAAUUGGCAAACACAGGAUGUUUGUGCAAUUAUUCAGGCAUCCUAACGUUAUAUUGAUAGUGGAGCUGAAAGAGAUCGAAAGCAACCCGUGCGAAAUGGAUUUUUCCUUUUACCUGGCGGUGGUGAAGCACUCGAGCAUCGAGGACAACCCCGACGAUGAAACCAUCGAAACGGAAAUACCGAAAGUAUUCCUGAAAGUACAAUCUCUGAUCGAAUUCGACACCUUCGUGUCCACCCACGGCCCGUUCACCAGCGUAUUAGAUUCCGAUCACACCGAACCGAACAGCUUGAAGAGAAAAGGCGGCGCCAAGGCCGAAUCGGCGACUCGACGGUCCAAACAGCCCGCUUAUUUCAUAGCCGAAUUGGCCCACGUGGUGGCCAUGUGCGACGAGAGAUUGCCCUUCGUUACUCUGGCUAACGAGCUUACCAAACGCAACGUGUUUCACCAAGGCCUUCAAGUGGAAUCGAACGCUACGGGUUUGGUCUUGAAGCUCAUCCAACUGCCGACGCCCACCAAGGAAAUUGGCGCUUCGUCGGCUUGGAACGCCCUGAUGAAGAGAUUGCUCUCCGCGUCGAUGAGAGUGCUGAGUAAAGGAGGCGUGAAAAGCUGGAUGGUCGAGUUCGUGUUUUAUUCGACUCCGCUGUCCAGUACGCACCCCAAGGAGCAAGGUUCUCGUCGUCCGAUUUAUUUCCAGUACGAGCUGGCGACUAUCGAUAACACUUCGAAAACGGCGGAUUCGUUGAUAAGCGAUUGGAAUCAGAUCGUCCAUCUUUAUACUCUCGUGCACGAUUUAAGCGAAUAUCUAAAAAUAGAUAAGUACAGCUUCCUCGGAAACCUGUUUUGCAUAAAAUCGUACAACUACACCAAACUCAUCCUCUGUUAUGGACUAGAUAAAGGUGCUAUGGUAUCGAUAACUUGGAACAAUUCCGAAAAAAUGUUCAAACUAGCAUUCGGCGCUACCAAUAAUUCCCUAAACGCCCAUUCGCUCAUCCAGGAACAAUUGGAAUCCUAUUUGAACGAGCACAGGAAUCUGGCGCAAAUCAUCCAACUCUUGCACGAGACUUACGAACCACUUUUAUCGAUUAGUAAACUACCUACAAUACCGCAAUUGGGCAUUCACAACACCAGACCUCAAGUGCCCGUGCAAACGUUCACCAUAAUGGCGCAAUCCUGCUCUCUGAUCCGGCUGGCCUAUCAAGGCAUGUACUGCUUGGAGCUGCGCAUAAGAGGCUCGGGUUUGGUUUCGCUUCGAGACGGAGCCUACAGCCGAUUCGAUAGAAGCAACGUGGUCGACGUAUUCUCACCAACGCAAGGCCUAAAAGCCUUUCUCUCCAAAUACGUGGACGAAACGGCGGUGUUCAGAAGACGAUCGCAAUCCGAGGACGACAAUCCCCCGUCUCCCAUGGAAGUCGAAGGUAGCGGGUUCCUAAGUCAUCACAGAGGUCCUCAAUCGCCGGCGGGCCAACGGGAGCCGGGGCUUCGAUUCCAUCCGCCGCUGACGCCGCCGUCCGGCUCGAAUCCGCACACGCCCGCCAGUCCUCACACGUCCAUCAAUCAAACGACGCACGGCGGCUUCGGCUCGAGCCCCGCCACGUCCUUCAAUCUGGCCUCGCCCACGUCGCUACCGGCCAACAUCAAUCCCAGCCCGAUGCCGCAUCCCAGCCCCAGCGGCCUGGUGGCCAAUUCGCCGUUGAAUCCGCAACUGGCCAGUCCCGGCGGUUUGUUGAGCAACUCCUCGCCCGGACCGCAAGGCUCCAAUCUACCCGGGCAUUCGCCCGUUAGCAGUUUCAUCUCUACGGGUCACACCGACGGUAGUCCGUUUCCAUCGCAGAGCAUGUCGUCGCCGGCGGCUUCGACGAACUGGCCGGGUUCACCGGGAAUGCCGCGCCCGUCUCCGGCUCGUCCGGGCCAAUCGCCGGGCGGGCAUUCGCUGAUGCACAGUCCGCAGCAGAACGCCGAUCCCAAGACAGGGAAUCACCUGUCGAGAGUGUUGCCGCAGCGGUCUUGGGCCGGCGCCGUGCCUACGUUGCUGACGCACGAGGCUCUCGAGAUGCUUUGCUGUCCUUCGCAGCAUCCUCAAGGUUUACCCGUGCCCGAAUUGGCGCCGUUGGAACGAUUCUUGGGUUGCGUGUACAUGAGGAGGCAGUUACAUCGGUAUAUACACAACGAAAAUUACUUGACGGCUAUUCCCAACACCGAGCCCGGAGUUAUACACUUCAAGGUGGCGGAAACGCUGCAGUGUCGCAUCGGUUUGAACACGCAGCACUUGCAGAGCCUCCACUUGAAGAUUACGCCGCUGACCGAUCACAAGGAGGUGUGGUCGCAGGAGGAGUUGCAGGUGUUGGAGAAGUUCUUCGAUACGCGGGCGGCCGCGCCCCCUUACAAGCCCACCUCGAUGUUUACGUUCUGCCACAUGCUCAACCUGCCCGUCAACGUGCUGAAGGAUUUCAUACAAAUCAUGAAGCUGGAAUUGGUGCCGAGUUUGGCGCAGCAACAGCAGAUGAAGUGGGCCGUGCAGUGGAUGCUGCGCGUGCCGCCCAGCGCUCCGAACCUGGUGCCCAUGGGCAUGACGGGCGUGCUGGUGUUCAGAGCCAAAGUUCUGUUCUUCCUCCAAAUAACGAGAAUCGGCAUCCAGUACCCCAUUAACAUGGAGCCGCCUUCCAUAGUGCUGCCAUUGAUUUACGACAUCGGCAACAACGUGACGUCUUUGGCCGAGAAACGGGAGGCGGGCACCAAUCCCGCCAUGACGGCCAUCAGCCAAAUGCUCAAGCACUUUACGCAGUUCCAAUCGAAUAUCAACGAGUGUUCGGUGUUUCCGGCUAUCAGGGACCUCCUGACGAACCUGACGCUGCCGUCGGAACCGCAAGUGCCGAGCCCCGUGACCGGCGGAGUCCAACAAAUCCAAUCUCCGGCGAUGCAAUUGCCGGGCCAAGCCGGCCAAGGGGGCUACCCCGUCAACAUGCCCAUGGGGAUGAUGGGGCCUCAGUAAUAAUUUAUUGGUUGUGAUGUUUUGAGUGUAUAUAGUUUCGUAUCGAAAUAUAUGAUUUUUAUCUGUAUAAUA